AUGUCAUCCGUUUCAUCCAUGGCAUGGCUCCGUCGCGUCUGUCUCGACGACUAUGGCUAUAAUUUUGCCCUGCCUGCCCUGACGAUCGUGUCAGCAGUACUUUCAGAGGCCGUCAUUCGACGCGUCAGCUUCACCGAGAUCGACUUCCAAACGUAUCUCGGCCAAGCUGCUCUCUACCUCGAUGGCGAGCGCGACUACUCCAACCUCGAUCCACCAGGCGGAAGCGGCCCUUGCGUCUAUCCUGCCGCUCACAUCUACCUGUACUCCUUCUUUCACUGGCUCACACACGCAGGCGGAAACAUUUUACCAGCGCAACAUGUCUUCGCAGCAACCUUGACAGCAAACAAUCUGCUCGUGGCCAUGCUGUAUCGCCAGGCAGGUAUGCCUCCUCUUGCCGUCCUGCCCUUGAUACUGUCAAAGAGGAUUUACUCGAUCUUCUUGCUACGCAUGUUCAACGACCCCAUCGCCGUUCUGUUUGUCUAUCUUGCGCUCUUUGCAGCUACCAACUCAAGAUGGAAGCUCUCCGCUCUACUUUUCAGCUUCGGAUUGGGCAUCAAGAUGAAUGUACUUCUCUUCCUCCCUGGCUUUGCUGCCGCUGCAUUCGUCUACACAGGCAUCCGAGGUGCUAUCUCCUACAUAGCCGUCGUCAUUGUCGUACAAGCUCUGCUCUCUGCACCGUUCACUUUGCAUGAUCCGCAUGCCUACCUCACACGAGCAUUCGACUUUUCCAGAUCGUUUCUCCACGUCUGGACCGUCAACUGGCGAUUCGUCCCCGAGGAUACAUUCUUGUCUCAGCAUUUUGCCUGCGGACUUCUUUCGCUCCAUAUUGUCCUCCUCACCCUCUUUGGCCUCUUCCGCUGGACAGGCAUAGCCUCUCACGGUCCCAAGUGGAUCUUGCAGAACCUCUCAGCCAGAUCGCACAAGCUCGUGCAGUCUGAAAAGACCGCCUUGAUGUGCUGUGCUUUUACCUCAAAUACCAUCGGCAUUCUCUGCUCUCGGAGCUUGCAUUACCAGUUCUACUCAUGGUACUUCCAUCAGGUUCCCCUGCUGUUAUGGCUUUCUCAGCUGCCUAACAUCGUCAAAUUGAUAUUGCCAGUCGUGCUGGAAUGGUGCUGGAACGUCUUUCCCUCCACCGAUACAUCGUCGCUGCUGCUCUUGGCGUGCCAUGUCGUGCUUGUGCUUGGCUGCUUCACCAUGCCCGGCCUAGUUACAGCCAAGCGUCCUCUCUCUUCCAUUGCUCAAGACGACGACGGAGCCGAAGUGGAAGCCUUGCUCUUGACGGACGAUCUCCGUCUCAGCAAGCCGUCCGAGCCAGAUUCAAAGACGGCCUCAACAUCAAACGAUCCAGCCGACGUGCGCGAAGAGGCUCUGCUGCGUCUCGCACAAGCUCGAAAAGCCAAGGCAGCAAAGGAAGCAAAGCUACGAGACGCCUUUCGACGUCGCAUCGCUACCCGCCGCCGUGUGCUGGCACUCCUCGGCAAACUAUUGCUUCUGCUCCGCCCAAUCCUUGUACUGGCAAGCAUUGUCCUGAUUCUCGUCUUGCCACACCCACAGUCACCCGUGUCGAAAGGCACCUACGUCGACGAGAAUGCUCUUCAGCCUGGUCAAGCCCGCGUCUAUUGGGACUAUUUCGACGUCACUUACGCCGACAUGCUCUCCGAAAAGGUGUCUUUCUUGAAAGAUGCAAGCAGUGCAGAGCGUGCUGACUUUGUUUUCCGGGAGCUCCAAUCAUAUGGUCUAGAAGUUAACCGUCAGCACUACAAAUACGACUCGAUCCCCCUCCAUCACGGCUCGGCGCUAUCCGGUAUCAACGUGUAUGCGAGAUCAGCUACACCCCGCAUUGAUGGCCGUGAAGCCAUCAUUCUCACAGCAAGCUGGCGUAGCCGAUGGCAAGGUGCUGAUGACCCCUUUCCGCCUGCCGAGAAUCUCGACGAGACCGUCAGUAUCGAUCAAAGAGGGCGCAUCAAUGUACGCGGUGUCGCCUCUAUCCUUGCUCUAGCCCGCUAUCUGACCACGCAAGCCCAUUUGAGCAAAGACCUCAUCUUUGUCAUCUCCGACGGCCAUCUUGAAGGCAUCCAUGCCUGGUCUUCUGCCUACUUUGGCAGCAAGUCCGAAGGACUCCAGGUGGAUCCGGUGUCGGCUGGAGGCUCGCAGGUGUGGAACGCAAUCUCCAUCGACUAUCCCUCUGACUCUUUCUCGUCGCUCGAGGUUCAAUACGAGGGCUUCGAUGGCCAAUUACCAAACAUGGAUGUCGUCAACACGAUCGUUCGCAUCGCAGAUACUGUGACUGGCGGAAUGCCGUUAACCUUCGGUCUGAGGUCUGCCCCCUUACACCUCAAAGAGCCAGUGCAGAGGCUGGCCCAGAAAUGGGGCAUUCGUCUACGUUCGGAUGUUGAGUACGAGCUCGGCAACUACGAAAAUGGUGUACGUGCAGCGCUUAGACAAGUAGGCUUCGGUGUCACGGGACGGGCUAGUGGUCCACACGGCUUCUUCCAGCGACAUCACGUUGAUGCAAUCACCCUCUACGCUGUCCCCGCUACUGGUCCAUACGGAUUCUUCCAUAUGGGCAGACUCGUCGAGUCAUUCGUUCGCUCUAUGUCGAACUUGCUCGAGCGGCUGCAUCACUCUCAGUUCUUCUAUUUACUCCUCAACCCUCGUCGAUUUGUCCCCAUCGGCACGGCGAUCUUGGUGCCGCUCUUGCUGUCCAUCUCGCUCACCAUCAGCGGUCUCGCGCUAUGGUUCGCUGAGGAGAAGGUCUCCAAGCAGGAGCGCGAGGCUAUUUUCUCAGGCCUGGAUCCAUCUGCGGGCGAUGACGGUGAUAUGCAGCCAGAGACACCAACGAUGAGCUGGUAUCGAAAUCAGAUUGUGCAGAAUCACUUCACUGCAGUUGAAGGUGAAGAUGCGGCGGACAGGAAAACGAACGAAUAUGGAGUUGCACUGAGGGAGUCAAUGAGGCCGAUUGCGACUACGCUCGCCUGCGUUGGCUUGACCGUGCUGGCGGGUGUAGGCGUUCUGUUGCGAAACGAUCUUCUUUUUGCAGAGAUGUCAGGAGGACUGACAAAGCGGGGAAAACAGUUGGGUGCAGCAAGAGUAGUCAUCAUGCUCUUGCCAAUAGCCGGGGCAGUCCUCCUUCGCUCUCGCUGCGGCAUCAAGCGUGCACAUCGGAUCGGGUCGCUUUUGAUCGCCUUUGCAUACCUCCAGGCCGGGAUGCUGGUGGCUGUCUUGAGCGUGCUGAAUUUCGCUUUGGCUGCCUUCCUCGCACUUCUCACAUACAGUGCACUCAGAAUCGCCUCCGGCAGACCAAGUUCGAGUCCUCUAACUGAAGCUGUUCCUGCCCACUCCUGGGUUAAUUUCAUUCGAGGUCUGGCAGUCAUGGUGUUCAGCCCCGUCUUCUGGGCCGCACUGCUGCUGCAGUUCCUCCGCAGAGAGACGCUGCAGCAUGAGGUCAGCGCGCUCGUCUUGCACUGGAAACUGUACAAUGCGGCCACUGUACCGAUACUAUGUGUAGCUUAUCUGCCUAUUGUCCUGCAGGCUCAGCUAGGCGCGUUCCUUAGAGUCUAA